UGAGGGGGCGUGGCUUCAAACUCUGGUCAAUCAUAAAACCACACUGCAAAACUUUGAUCUUCCCCACUCACACCCGGAGUCGCGAGACAAACAGAGGCAUCUCACAAACGAGGACUUGAACAACUCAGGCAAAAUGGUCAAAGUCGGUAUCAAUGGAUUCGGCCGUAUUGGUCGCCUGGUGACCCGUGCUGCUUUCACCUCCAAGAAGGUGGAGAUUGUGGCCAUCAAUGAUCCUUUCAUCGACCUGGAGUACAUGGUCUACAUGUUCAAGUAUGACUCCACUCACGGCCGUUUCAAGUGCGAGGUCAAGAUUGAGGGUGACAAGCUGGUGAUUGAUGGACAGAAAAUCACAGUUUUCCACGAGAGGGACCCGGCUAACAUCAAAUGGGGCGAAGCUGGUGCCCAUUAUGUUGUUGAGUCCACCGGUGUGUUCACCACCAUUGAAAAGGCUUCUGCUCACUUGAAGGGUGGUGCCAAGAGAGUCGUCAUCUCUGCUCCCAGCGCUGAUGCUCCCAUGUUCGUUAUGGGUGUCAACCAUGAGAAGUAUGACAAGUCCCUCCCCGUCGUCAGCAACGCUUCCUGCACAACCAACUGCCUGGCUCCUCUGGCCAAGGUCAUCAAUGACAACUUCGGCAUUGUUGAAGGGCUGAUGAGCACUGUCCAUGCCAUCACCGCCACCCAGAAGACUGUGGAUGGUCCCUCUGGUAAACUGUGGAGGGACGGCCGCGGUGCCAGCCAGAACAUUAUCCCUGCCUCUACUGGUGCUGCCAAGGCUGUGGGCAAGGUCAUCCCUGAGCUCAACGGCAAAUUGACAGGCAUGGCCUUCAGGGUCCCCACCCCCAACGUCUCUGUUGUUGACCUGACAGUCCGUUUGGAGAAACCAGCCAAAUAUGAUGACAUCAAGAAAGUCAUUAAGGCUGCAGCUGAUGGACCCAUGAAGGGUAUCCUGGCAUACACAGAGGACCAGGUUGUCUCCACAGACUUUAAUGGUGACUUGCACUCCUCCAUCUUUGAUGCCGGCGCCGGCAUUGCUCUUAAUGACCACUUUGUCAAACUGGUCUCAUGGUAUGACAACGAGUUUGCAUACAGCAACCGUGUAUGUGACCUUAUGGCCCACAUGUCUUCAAAGGAGUAAACCAGCCAGCCAAUUAGCCAUCCCUGUACUAUGCCACAUCACCUACAUCCUCCUCAAUCCAGAGUUACAUGUGGUGCAAUAAGACAUUGUGUUAUCUGUGGCUCAGCCUGGUUUCCAUGAGAUGGUCGACCCCCAUUAGAUGCCUGAGGAAAGAUCCCACAGAGAGCAAACAAAACAGAUUCAAAUUGGUGACCAAUUACUUUUUUUGUAUUUGUUAAACUCCCUGUUCUGUUCUUGUGUGAGAUGGAGUGAAGGUGUGAGAGCUCAUUUGUCUGCAGUGCUGAAGAACUGCAGAUAGAGUUGGAAUAAAGUCCUCUGUUUGUGAGA